UUCAGAGUGCACCAUCAAGUUACGAGGUGAUCUCCAAGCAGUUGACAGUCUACAACACAUUUUAAGUGGAGAACCAUCAUUCAAUAGAAACACAUUUCUGCAAUCAAAUAACUUAUUUUCGGUUUACAGUUAUGUAGACCUACGGUCGUCGGGCUCUUUUAGUUUACUAGCAAUCAAGACCUUUGCAUUUUAUUGAGGUGAUCAACAAGCAAUUGAAACUCGACUGCAACAAGAUUCAAACAUACAAUCAAUCAUACCAGAAGAGGAACACAUUUCUGCUACUAAAAAAACUGAUAUGACGUUUACAUUAGACCCAAGGAAAUCGGGCUGUGUUCGAGAGUGCUUGAUAAAAUAUAGUGAGUGACGUCAUACAAUGGCCAGUAGCGAUUGUCAGAAUCAAGAUCUUCAGAGUGCAGUGUCGCGAGAUGAUCUUCAAGCGGUCAAAGGCCUAUUACAACAAGGUACUGACGUAAACCAACCAGAUAAAAAUGGAAACACUCCAUUACACAUGGCUGCACAACGUGGCAAGAAAGAUAUCAUAGAGUUUCUCCUUAAACAUGGUGGUGAUGUAGAGAAGGAGAAUAAAGAUGGAAAAAGACCCUUACAUCUUGUCACAUCGCAUGGAAACCUUGAAGCAACGAAAGUAAUACUUAGCCACAGUGGAAAUGUGGAAGCAGAGGACAACACAGGCUACAGUGCAUUACUGAACGCUGUAAAGAAUGGUCACAAUGAUAUAGUGCGAUACUUCCUCAGUCAAGGCGCCGGCGUGAAUAAGGGAAAUUCGAAGGGCUGGACACCUUUAUACAUUGCAGCAGGAUUCGGUAAGCUUCACAUGGUGCAAUACCUCAUCAGUCAAGGAGCUGAUGUUAGAAAGGAAAAUCAUGACCGAUGUUUUUUUUGCAGACAGCGCCCGGGUGAAGAAGGCUACACUGUUUUGACUGAGAAUAACUUGGUAGGGGAAUAUGAAGUGGAGGGGGUAGGUGAAGUGGGUCAUUGUAAACUGCUAAGUGCUGCUUUCAAUGAUCAGCUUGAUCUGAUCAGUAAAGAAGAGGAGGAAGAUGAGGUACUUGACCUGGACUGUGAUCGAUGGACUGCAUUACAUAGUGCUGCUAUGAAUGGGCACCUCAAUAUUAUCGAUUACCUGAUAAGUCAAGGAUCGGAAGUGAACGAAGGGAAUGCCGAGGGUUUGAAUGCUUUACACGGUGCUGCUGCUAAUGGUCAUCUUAAUAUCACCAAAUAUCUGAUUAAUAAGGGAGCUGAAGCAAAUACAAGAAAUGAUGCAGAUCAUACCGCUUUACACGUUGCUUCCGUUUUUGGUCAUCUUGAUGUAGUCAAAUAUUUGAUCAGUCAAGGAGCUGAGGUGAAUAAGAGAGAUAGUAAAGAUAACACUCCAUUACACAAUGCUGCUCUCUUUGGUCAUCUGAAUGUAGUCAAAUAUUUGAUCAGUCAAGGAGCUGAGGUAAAUAAGGGAGAUAAAGAUGCUGAGGUGAAUAAGGAAAAUAAUGAGGGCAUAACUCUAUUACAAUGUGAAGCAUACUAUGGUCAUCUGGAUAUGACCAAAUAUUUGAUCAGUCAAGGAGCUGAGGUGAAUAAGGGAGAUAGUAAAGAUGGCAUAACUGCAUUACACAUUGCAGCACAAUGUGGUCAUCUGGAUAUGACCAAAUAUUUGAUCAGUCAAGGAGCUGAGGUGAAUAAGGCAAGUAAUGAUGGCAUAACUGUAUUACAAUGUGCAGCAUGCUUUGAUCAUCAUAAUUUGACUAAAUAUUUGAUCAGUCAAGGAGCAGAGGUGAAUACGGAAGAUAGUGACGGCUGCACUCCACUACAGGCUGCUGCUGAAGAAGGUCAUCUUGACAUGUGCGAUUAUCUGAUCAGUGAAGGAGCUGAGGUUGGCAAGGGAGAUGGCGAUGGUUGGACCCUCGGUAAUGCUGCUCUAAACGGUCACCAAUUCAUCACCAAAUAUUUGAUCAGACAAGGUGCUAAGGUGAAUGAUAGAUAUAGCAAUGGCCGAACUGCCUUACACUUUGCUGCUCAGAAUGACCAUCUUGAAGUCACCAAGUGUCUCAUUAGCCAUGAAGCUAAUGUCAAUACAACUGAUAAUCAGGGAUGGAUCCCCUUGCACGUUGCUGUUGAAUGCGGUCAUUUUGAUAUGUGCAAGUUUCUGAUUGGUCAAGGAGCUGAGGUUAAUUAUGCUGAUAACAAGGGCUGCACAGCUUUACACUUUGCUGUUGAAAGCGCCAAUCUUGAUAUCACCAAGCAUUUGCUUCGUAAAGGAGCUGAGGUUAACAAAGAAAAUUACCAGGGUGAUACACCACUACACAUUGCCAUCAAACAAGAAUACUUCGAGCUUGUUCAAGUUCUACUUUCAGGAGGAGCAUGCUGCUUUUCUGAUAACAAGGACGACCAGACGCCAUUACAUCACGCAUUGACUCUUGGGUUCAAAGAUAUCACCGAUAUACUCCUUGCUGAUUGGAAUUCAAAGAAAGGGAAAAAAAUCAUCUAG